ACCCAAGCCGAAAGCUCAGCCAAAAAAACCAACAAAAAACAUUCACAAAAUUUCAUAAUGCAAGAUAUGAUGAUGCACUGCCUCAACCCCUCGGUGCUUGAGAGGCAAAGGGCUCAUCUCCAAUGGCAAGAUGCUCAUAACUUGAAUGCUUGUGAGAAUUUUUCCUCUCUUCAUGAACAAAGCGAAGGGUUGAUUGAUCAUUGUUGGCCUAAUCUCAAUGCUAGUACUAAUACUCCUUCUCCUGCUACUACAAUGUGCAACUCAAGUUCUUCAGCUAAAGUUGGGAAGGAGAAGAGCUCAAAGAAGAGGAAAGCUGACAAGUCUCCGGUGGUUUCUGGUGAUGAUGAGGAGGAGAAGCGGCCGAAGGGAGAUCGAGAAAAUAAAGUAGAGAAGCGGAAGGAGAAUAAGAGAGAGGAUUCAGGGACCACCGGCUCAAAGGAGAACAAUGACAAGAAGCAAGAUUAUAUACAUGUGAGAGCUAGGAGAGGGCAAGCUACGGAUAGCCAUAGCUUGGCUGAAAGAGUCAGAAGAGAGAGGAUAAGCGAGAGGAUGAAGUAUUUACAGGGUCUGGUACCGGGCUGUAACAAAAUCACCGGGAAAGCCGGCAUGCUCGACGAGAUCAUCAACUAUGUUCAAUCUCUUCAGAGACAAGUAGAGUUCUUGUCCAUGAAGCUUGCAACAGUUAACCCGAGGCUAGACUUGGACAUGGAACAAUUGUUCACCAAAGAGAUGAAUCUAUCAUAUAAUUCUAGUAUUGGAAUGGAGUCGGAGAUAAUAGAUCCGAGCUUUCUCCAAUUCAAUGUCCUACAACAAGCAAUAACAUCUUGCGGGUACGAUAUGGGUGUGAGUAUGAACCCGACUGAGUUAGCCUUGCAAAGAUCCAUUAGCCCGCCUGCAAACGAACCUCCACCAUUCUUGGAUUCAAAUUUCAAUGUUCCGAGGUCUAAUCCUGGCUGGGACAAUGAGUUACAUAACUUGUAUGGGUCUGCCUUCCCUUUUCUUUCGUUGCAAGGAAAUCAUUUAUCGGGUAAUUUGAAGACGGAGAUGUGAACUUGAGUUAGACAUUUUGGAGGAUAAACAUAUGGAAAACAUUGAGCUGAUGAUUCUUUAUAAAAAGUACAUAAUUGAAAUGUGUAGUAAUUAGAUUUCGAAGGGGGUAAAAAAGAAUAGAAACAUAAUGUAUCAUUGUAAUCAUCCACCUAUUUCUUGAUUUAGAUGGGAGAAAAGGGUUGGACUUUUCUUUGCUAAACAUUGUAAGAAGGAAUAAACAUUUAUAACGUGAAUCGAUGCCAACUGCUCUGUAAUCUUCCUACUUUAUUAUGACAGAAACUGUCAUAUUGUGGUCCUUGCAUAAUAAUGAAAAUGGGACUAAACUUUAGUCCCAUUUAUCAUAGAUGGAUAUAAAAAGAUCAUAGUAUGUGCUUUUGGGCUCUCA